AUAAUGACUUGGGCGACAGUAAACGCUUGUGCUGACAGUAAAAGGUGGGAAAUUUUAAGGUGUUGCAACCUUAAACGAUGGUGGUGAUUUAUUUUUGAAGAAUCAAUAAUACAACGAAGUUGACAAAUGCAAUUAGUACAUGUAUUGAAAUAACAUUUUUGAAAAUUAACUUUUGUUUAAUUCUAGUGCAUUUUUGUUAAAAAUAUUUUAAGUUGAGUACUUAGUUUCAUCUCAAUUGUAAUUCAGCAACAGGUUUCAUUAAGAUCAUACAAUAUUAUGAGGAAUCAAUAUUUUCAAUGGAGUACAACUUUAAAACAAGCUUUAACGAGGAAAAAGACUGACACUGAUGAACCAAGCACUGAAAAACUUAAACGAGCUUUGAAUUUUGUUGAUUUAACUGCUCUUGGUAUAGGUUCUACGUUAGGAUGUGGUGUAUAUGUAUUAGCUGGUUCUGUAACAAAAUCAGUAGCAGGUCCAGCUGUUGUUUUAUCCUUUAUUAUAGCUGCCGUUGUUUCUGCUUUUUCUGGAUUAUGUUAUGCUGAGUUUGCUGGUCGUGUCCCAAAAGCUGGAUCUGCUUAUAUUUAUAGCUAUGUGACAGUUGGUGAAUUUACUGCAUUUGUAAUUGGUUGGAAUUUACUUAGUGAACACCUUAUAGCCGUUGCUGCUGUGGCUAAAGCGAUGAGUAAUUAUGUUGACACUUUACUUGGAAAUCCAUACAAAAUUUUCAUGUUAGAAUUUAUGCCAAUAAACAUAAGCUUUUUAUCUGAAUAUCCAGAUUUUAUAUCAUUUUUUAUUAUAUUUAUUACUACAAUGCUAGUGGCAUGGGGUGUUCGUGAAUCUUCGCUAGUUAAUAAUAUUUUUACUAUUGUAAAUUUACUAACGAUAUGCCUAGUCAUUGUUUCUGGAUUCUUCAAUGCAAAUUACUCUAAUUGGUCAAUAAGCAAAACUCAAAUUCCGAUCGGUGUUAAGGGAGGCGAAGGUGGAUUUUUACCAUUUGGCUGGGCUGGCGUAGCUGCUGGUGCUGCUAAAUGUUUUGCUGCAUUUAUAGGUUUCGACUGUAUUGCAACAACUGGAGAGGAAACGAGAAACCCGAAGAAGGAUAUACCUAUAGCAAUUGUUACUACGCUUGUUAUCAUUACAUUAGCAUAUUGUGGUGUAGCUACAGUGCUCACAUUAAUGUGGCCUUACUACGAUCAAGAUCCCGAUGCACCAUUACCAACACUGUAUAACAAUUUGGAUUUACCUGUUCUUAAAUGCGUUGUUUUAGGAGGUGCUAUAUUUGCGUUGUGUGCAAGUUUAUUAGGAAGUCUUUUUCCGCUACCGCGAAUAUUAUAUUCAAUGUCUAGCGACGGUCUUCUAUAUUCAAUUUUAUCAAAAGUUAAUUCAACAACUAAAACUCCGGUGAUCUCUACAUUACUAUGCGGGCUUUUUUCCGGUAGUGUAGCAGCUAUAUUUAAUUUGGAGCAAUUAAUUGAUAUGGUAUCUAUUGGAACUUUUCAAGCUUAUACAAUAGUUUGUAUUUGUAUUCUGAUACUACGCUAUCAAGAUAAUUGUUUACCAUGUGAAAUGACUGAAGAAAAAAAAAAUCUAAAAUCCUCUAAUAUGUGGGUUGUUUUCUCGAAGCAAAAAUUGCCUAAUUCAAGUACUCAAUAUUUAUCCAGGAUAUUAAUCAUGACUUUUAGUUUUGCAUCGAUAGUUUUUGGUAUCAGCCUAGCUAGUUUAGAAGUCAUUAACUUUAGUGAACGAGUAUUAUUCAUUAUUCUAUUCUAUUGUGCUCUAGGUAUAAUUAUUAUGUCAAUUUUGUUAAUGUCAAGGCUUCCACAAGCGAAAGAAAAUCUCCCCUUUAAGGUGCCAUUAGUGCCUCUUGUGCCAUGUUUAAGUAUACUAUUUAAUGUAUAUUUGAUGAUAUUAUUAGAUUACAAAACUUGGAUACGAUUCUCAGUAUGGUUAACAUGUGGACUACUAAUAUAUUUUUUUUAUGGAAUGAAAAACAGUUUGGAAGGUAAGAAAACGAUAGCUGAAAAAAAUAGAAAUGAAUUAGUGUCAAAUUACUAGUUAUUUUGAACUAUGCAGCAGAAAAAGUUCAUUAAUUAAAUAUACACACGUGUUAAAUGCUAUUGUGAUGAUCCUAUAUAUAUAUAUAUAUUCUAUUGAUUAGCCAAUAAAUUCGGACAGUGCAUCCUGUGUCUUGUGA